GCCUCCUCAAUAAUAUACAGAGAUUUAAUCAGCAGUUCCGCACGAUGAGGACUGCUAUUAUGAUCAAGCGGAAGCUAAAACAUUACAUAGAACUCAAAAUAGUAUAGAACGGUUGGGCAGUGUGAAUCUUAACACAGUACGGAACUGAAAAACAGUAUGUCCGGAGACAUUGUGGGAGCGUGGGAUGUCUCACUAAGUGAUGGGGUUUACCGAACUGAGUUUGAACAUGGAACAACAACAGGGAAACGAGUAAUUUACAUUAACGGGAAGGAGGUGUUAAGGAGGGAUUGGAUGUUCAAACUGGUGGGCAAAGAAACUUUCCUUGUUGGAAACACAGAUACAAAAGCAACCAUAAGUAUUGAGGCGAUCACUGGGUUCUCCUAUGAGUACACACUGGAAAUCAACGGAAAAAGUCUCCAAACCUUUUUGGACAACCGAGCAAAAGUUUCCAAAACAUGGGUGCUGAAACUGGGUGGUGUUGAUUACAGGAUAGUUCUAGAGAAAGACACUAUGGAGGUAUGGUGCAAUGGGCAGAAAAUUGAGACUAUGGGGGAGUUUACAGAGAAUGGAAGCGAGACACACUUUGCAGUGGAGAACCAUGAAUGCUGCAUUAAAGCAACAAGUAGUGGAAGGAAACGAAACGGAAUAGUUCAUUCCCUGCUGGUGGAUGGAAUCAGGAUAGAAGAGGCCAUUGAGUAAAAUGGGGACUAAUAGAUUUCAGCUGUGGAAGACAUUUAGCAACAGUGUACUUUAUCAGAAUUAGAUACAGAUGGCACUGAACAAUUUUUUUUUUCCAGUGAAUCCUGUAUGAUGGCAUUUGUUCAAAGACAAGAACAUUUAUUUGUUAGAAAGAUGUUAGAGGAUUUUAAGUAUCUCUAGAAACAUACAAUUCCAUUUAAUUUGAGUAAAUGGUUCAAUCUGUGAAAAUGAGAAAAAAUGUUUUCUGUUUUUAAGUCUAAGGUAAGAUGGGGUAAAAUGACUCCCACUAGAUGACUCCCGAACAGCACAUUUAUUGAAUGGCUCAGCUGUUCGUAAUUUUGUCAUUUCAAGAUUUAGUCAGUCAAAACCAUAUUGAGGUUAACUGAUCUAAUUCUGUGUUACAGUAAUGUACAAUAUUGUAUUAUGCUUAAUAUCAAAGGUUUUUUAUGUCUAUUUGUUAAGAGAUUUGUGGAUGCAUGCAUUACUAGUGAAAAUUUUUUAAAUGGUAAGAUUUUUAAGAACUGUUUUCUAUUCAAAUACAUUUUAAAAUGUAAUUUAUAGCAUCAUUACACCAGUCUUCAGUGUAACAAAAUUAUAGAAAUGAACACUUAUUUAGCAAGGAUGCUUUAAAUGGAUUAAAAGUGAUGAUGAAGACAAUGUUACAAAAGAUUUCUAUUUCAGAUAAAUGCUGUUCUUCUGAACUUUAUAUUCAUCAAAGAAACCAGGAAAAAAAAAACUACUCAGCUGUUUUCAACAUUAUAAAAAUAAUUAAUGUUUUUGAGCAGCAAAUUAGAAUAUUAGAAUGAUUUCUGAAGGAUCAUGUGACUGGAGUAAUGAUGAUGCUAAAAAUUCAGCUUUGAAAUAAAUUACAUUUUAAAAUAUAUUCAAAUAGAAAACAGUUAUUUUGAAUGGUAAAAAUAUUUUAAAAUGUUACUGUUUGUGCUGUACUUUAAAUCAAAUAAAUGCAAGCUUGGUGAGGCGAAGAUACUUUUUUUUUUAAAACACAUUAAAAUCUUUCUGUUCAAAAACUUUUGACUGGUACAUUAAAUAUUUCAGAUUUGUGGAGUAAAAAAUAUUGUUUUUAUUUUGAAAGGGUAAAAGUAGACCCCUGAUGUAAGAUGUCCACCCUAGAAAUAAGGCUCUGAGUGGCAUAUUAUUACUUAUUAUUAUUUUUAAUUUAAUAAUUGCUACAAUUAAUGGAGUUAAUAUUUAAUACAUCCACAAGUUAUAUAUACAUUUUAGACAUCUUUACUAGUCUUUAAAAACUAUAUAAUUUGAGUGAAAUAAUUUCAAUUAGAUUUCAUGGUGUUGCUUUUAUGAUGUAUCUUAAAUUAAAAUACGCCAAAUUAAAUAUGUAU